CUCUGUUACAGGUUCUGGUUAGGGUCGGAGUAGCUUUAGCGUCUUGUGUUUUUCUUUUUUCAGUCAACAGGCGCGUUAGCAUUAAACAAUGGUAGACAAGAUGGAUAUGUCGUUGGACGACAUCAUCAAGCAGAGUAAGCAGCGGGGAGGCGCGGGCGGCCGCGGUGGGAGAGGUGGCCGGGGCCGAGGAGGCGCUGGCGGCGGACGCGGCGUAGGAAGCGCCGGUCGGCUGGGAGGCAGCCCCGGUGGAAGCUAUGGAGGUCGCGGCGGAGGCUUGGGCCUAAUGAGGAAUCGACAGAACCUGGGCCGUGGCAGAAGCAGCAGACCCACACCGUACAGCAGGCCCAAGCAGCUCCCCGACAAGUGGCAGCAUGACCUGUUUGACAACGGCUAUAGCACCAAUGCUGGAGGUGGCGGCGGGGGCGGUGGUGGAGGAGCAGGAGUUGAAACCGGCGGAAAGCUGCUUGUGUCCAAUCUCGACUUUGGUGUCUCCGAUGCAGACAUUCAGGAGCUUUUCGCAGAAUUUGGCACCCUGAAGAAGGCUGCGGUCCAUUAUGACCGGUCCGGCCGGAGUCUCGGCACUGCGGAUGUCCACUUUGAGAGGAAAGCUGAUGCUUUGAAAGCAAUGAAGCAAUACAACGGUGUUCCUCUUGAUGGUCGUCCAAUGAACAUUCAGCUAGUUACAUCACAGAUCGAUGCACAGAGACGAGGUCCAGUGCAGGGCCUGAUUCGUGGUGGUGGUGGUGGAGGCAUGAACAGAAACAAGAUGGGGAGCUUUGGCGGCAUGCAGAGAGGACGAGGAGGUCGCGGAGGUGGCCUCAGAGGCCGUGGAAGAGGGGGCAGAGGCAAUAACAAACAGCAGCUCUCAGCAGAAGAGUUGGAUGCCCAGUUAGAUGCCUACAAUGCCAGGAUGGACACCAGCUAAGCAGUCUUGGCUAUGCAGUCUUGGUUUUUUGGCAGCAUCAUGGGAUUGCGGUUGUUUAGCUUCAACAUGCCGGACGUUUUACAUGUCUUCAAAAGUGAUUUAAAUUUGUGUACCAGUUUUCUCCUUUUAAAUGCAAUGACAUUUUUUUACCUACCAUUUAUUGUUUUAUUUCCUUUUUUUUUUUUUUUUUGAAACUUAGUCUGACUGUAGGACUUGAGCAAGGAAGGUGCUUGUCUUUACUUUCCUCUUAGUUCAUUGUAAUAAAACCUGCAGUACAUAGUAUCCAAGAAGUGACUCUGCUUCCUUUUGUAUACAAGUAAUUGGUGUAAAAAAAUCUGUACAGAUGUUUGAUUGUAAUGCCAUUAGCAACUAUUUGAUAUUGUUCCUCUGCUGUUAAUACUGCUGAUGUCUAGCAUUUAGAACACACAUGGCAGGUUAGUUUGCACUUCAUUUGGAUUUUUAAUCCUUUUUAUAGCUCUCCAUAAAUGCUGUUUGUUAAUCGCAUUAAAUAUUUGUACAUAAUGGCAGUGAUUGUGUAAGUCUUAUGAUUAAAUGAAAACACCUUCGA